AAACCUUUGAUCCUGUUCGGGAAAAAUCACGAAUUGACCCAAAAAACAGGAGUUUCCUUGUUUUUUUCUGUUAAAAUGGAUCGGAUUUCAACCAAUAAUGAUGAUCCCGAAGCUCUCAACUUGCGUGAAGACUUGAUUAUCACUGCGGUAAAUUUCCUCACAAACCCGAAUGUGAAGCGAUGUACGUUGUCACAGAAGCAAAAAUUCCUUCGAAACAAAGGACUAACCGACAAAGAGAUCGAAGUUGCUUCCGUUCGUGCUGGAAUCUUCCUCCCUAACAACAAUAAUAACAGCAAUAAUAACAAUGAGACCCAACAAAGCUCAUCUCAUACAAUCAUCAACAUGGAUCGUCACAGUUUAAUUGUGCAACCUCCGAAUGCUGUGUCGACCUUCACGAAGAUCAAAAGUCUCUUUGGUUCCUUGGCGCUUGUCAGUAGCUUAAUGUACGGCGUUUAUUAUGUGAUCCAAAACUUUAUCAAACCUUUUCUCUUUGGAUCGCGAAAACCAAAGACGGUAGAGCAAAAACUUGACGAAUUCACGACGCGCGUCGAGAACGACUUGAAAAUGCUUUUCAAGGAAAUCAACGACAUCAAAGCUGAUAUUGCCAAAAGUAAUCAAACGGAAAUGGUUAAACGCGAAAUUCAAGCAUUCCAACAGGAUUUAGAUAAGAUUCGGGGAUUACUUUUAAACAAAAAACAAUUUGCUAGUCCAUCGUUGCCAAGUAUGAUGCCAUCAAUCCCUCAAUGGCAAUUAGAUGCUGCGGCAGCGCAAGAUCCUGAAGAGGAGAAGAACGAAGAUGCCGGAAGCGGCUCGAGCGAAACGAAAAACAGUGACAGUAGUUUAGAAAUUAUGUAACUUUUAAGCAGUUUUUAAGUGUAAAAAUGGGAGAAAAUAGAAUUUUUUAUGUUUUAUUGUACGAAAAAUUAAAUUUUUCAAAGAAAAGGCUUCAAAUACUUUCUAAAAUUUGU